AUGGUGCUUUGACUGGUGCAGAAGAAGCUGCUCUGGCACACGGGCACACAGCAAGGAGACAUCAAAUGGACUUUGUGCACAGCAGUGGGGUGCUGGUUAUACAGCACCUCCAGAGCAACUACAGUGAAUGUCAGGACUUCCUUAACUUCAUGUCGACUGUAGGAGACCCUCGCAACAUUUUUUUGGUCUAUUUCCCCCUUUGGUUUCAUCUCAGCCACAAUGUGGGCAUCAAGAUGAUAUGGGUAGCAGUUAUUGGAGACUGGUUUAAUCUUGUUUUUAAAUGGUAAGUACAUCUUAAAGUUUAACAUUAAGUUUAAGUUAAAAUUUAAGAGCAUCUUUUAUUCAUAGAUUUUAAACUGAGACACAUUUUACAGGAUUCUGUUUGGCCAUAGACCUUAUUGGUGGAUACAAGAAACUCACUUGUACCACAACAGUUCAUUCCCACAUUUGGAGCAGUUCCACAGCACAUGUGAAACCGGGCCAGGUAAACAGCGUGUUUGGAAAAUAAGAAGUUAAUGGAGCACUAGCUUGCAUUGCCAAACUGUGUUUUUCCUAUGUCUUUAUGCAGGAAAUCCAUCUGGUCAUGCCAUGGGCUCAUCAUGUGUGUGGUAUGUUAUGGUCACCUCUGCUCUCAGCUUCAGCAGGCCGUCCUCCUCUGAGUCUUCAGCGCAGAGCUAUCAAAGGUGGUUUUCAUCUCCUAUCCUUACAGCACAUUUUUCAUCUGUGGUUUUCUAUUUCUGGUCCAGUCAAAACACUUUUUAACUUACAGGUUUCGUCUGCUGAAGUCUUGUUUGUGGACGGCCUUUUGGGUCAUUCAGAUAAGUGUUUGUAUCUCCAGGGUUUUUAUUGCAACACAUUUCCCACAUCAGGUUAUCCUCGGUGUGUUAGCAGGUGAGUUUUAUCUGAAUUAAAAUGAAAACCCUUUCUGCUGCCCUGUCUGUCUUUGAUUAUUGGAGUGUUUUUUUUCUAUAAUGUACAGGUAUGCUGGUUGCUGAGGUGUUCAACCACAUCCCCUCUGUCUACAAUGCAAGUCUGAAAGCAUACCUCCGCACCAAUGUUUUCCUUUUUUGUUUUGCUGUUGGCUUUUAUCUCCUCCUUAAAUCCAUGGAUGUCAAUCUCAUGUGGUCUGUUACCAAAGCCAAAAAGUGGUGCGCUAACCCUGAUUGGAUCCAUCUCGACACCACACCUUUUGCUGGUUUGGUGAGGAACUUGGGAUCCUUGUUUGGUCUGGGCCUCGCAGUGAACUCUCAGAUGUUCAUUCAGAGCUGUAAGGGAAAAAAUUCCCACAAUACCAGGUUUAAACUCAUGUGUGUGGCAGCAACUCUCACCUCUCUGCAGCUGUAUGACUUUAUCAAAAUGCCUACUCACACUGAGUUUCUGUUUUACAUUUUAUUUUUUUGUAAAAGUGCCUCAGUUCCUCUCUGUGUGGUUGCUGUGAUUCCAUACUCUGUGCACUUGUUGACUGGAGAUGAAAGCAGGAAGCUAGUCUAAAAUGUGACCUUUAUAAUACUCUCCCCACCUGUGCUGUAUCAUCAGAGUAUCUCAAAAGGGUUGAUACAUACAUAUACCUAAAGUGUAUAAACAUUCAAAAAAUUUCAGACUGUUAAUUACAGUUAGCACUGAUACUCCAUUACAUGAAGUAAGAUGAUACUUUGUUUGAACAGAAAUACAUUUUUAUGUGGUUUGUCUUUAUGUUUUUGUUAGGGUUUGUUUUAUUUGUGCAGUUGUACAUCUGUAUGAAUGUCAAUUAAAAGCAGCAUUGACAUGAUAUGAAAAGUUGUAAAUAAAACUGAUGAGCUUAUUAA